ACCCCUAUGUUAAAACGACGCGGGUGUCUGCUCUGAACUCAUCAACCUCUACGUAUGAAUUCCACUCAUCCUCCUGUGUUAGUCGUAGGCGCUGGGCCAGCAGGUCUGGUAGCAGCAUUGACGCUCCUCCAAAACGGCAUCCCAGUCCGCAUCAUCGAUAAAGACCCCAACCCUCGUGUUGGACAGCGUGGUCCCGGAAUCUGGCCACGCUCCCUCGAGCUUUUCAACUUCCUGAACGUCACAGAAGUCAACGAUCUGGGGAAAUCAGUUCCCAUCAUGCGUUCGUACAAACCCGGGACGUUGGAAGUUGUUGGCGAAUCUUCGAUGGCCCCGCAUAUGGAGCCUACCCCAGCGAUACCAUUCCACACCCCAAAGGUAAUGGGACAACAGGUCCUAGAUGUGAUUUUGCGACGUCACCUAGAAAAGUUCUCUUGCUCUGUCGAGAUGGGAACCGAGCUGCGCUCGUUCGAGCAGUCCGAGCAGGGCGUCACAGGUGUUCUGGAAAAGAACGGCGUGUCAGAGACCUUCGAUACCAAGUGGAUAAUCGGCGCUGAUGGUGCUAAAGGCGUCGUGCGCAAGCAGCUUGGGCUUACGUUUCUGGGUGAGACAAAAGACGAUACCCGAAUGAUAACCGGAGAUAUUCGUUUGAAGGGCGUUGGUCUUGAUAGAACGUAUUGGCACCGACUAGGAAACUUUCGUGAACGAGCCAUCUCACUGCGUCCAACAGACGAAGUUGGCGAGGAUGGCUGGCAAUUUUUCAUAUUCGGCCAGGACGCAGAACUGACGGAGAUCGCUCAGAGCGAGGAGCUCAUCUUCGAGACCAUCGCGUCGCUGAUACCUACGGAGGUUACGUUCAACAAACUGGUUUGGGUGAGCGAAUUCCGAGCCAAUAUCCGGAUGGUGAACAAGUUUAGCGAGGGUCGCGUGUUUGUUGCUGGUGAUGCUGCUCACGUCCACAGUCCAACCGGUGGUCAGGGACUUAAUUCAAGCGUACAAGAUGCUUUCAAUUUAGGUUGGAAACUUGCGCUAGUCGAAAAAGGACUCGCCGACAAGUCUCUCCUCGAGACAUACACCGCCGAGCGUCUUCCUGUCAUCUCCGAGAUGCUCGAGAUGACCACCACGAUUCUCAACCAGACAAUAGCGACAGGAGACCCAACGAGGCAACGAACCCCGAUCCUUACCAUGCUCGGUAUCAACUGUCGGUCCAGCAGCAUCGUUCUCGACGAGUUCGUGACGCCAGGCGAAGGGAAACCUAUUCAGGCCUACGGCGUGCUUGACGAGGGGCAUCUCGAGGCUGGGGACAGGGCGCCUGAAGCGCCCAACAUGGUCCAGGUGGGGCGCGGAGAGUCUGACGUGAAGACGCUUUUUGGUCUGUACAGACCUUGGUAUCACACGGUGCUUGUAUUCGUGCCGAGUCUCUCAGAUGCUACCCCGAUCUUGAGCGCGCUGGAGGCAUGCGACAAAGGUCUUGUGCGAUUGGCAGUCGUUCUGCCUUCAUUGGCACCGGUGACGCCUGUCGCAUCUCCUGCUGAUGUCGUUCUCGUUGAUCAGGAGGGCCAUGCUCAUUCGGCUUAUCUUGUCGAAGCCAACCAGACUAAGGUGUUUGUGAUACGACCGGACGGAGUGAUUGGGGCGAUUGUCCAUGGUGCGGAAGGCGUGAAGAAGUAUUUCUCGAAAAUAUUUUUGGACCAGUAAUGACCUGAGUCUAUUUCAUCUUUACUUACGACUUUUACAAUCACAACUCAUCCAUAUAUACCACAACCAAUGCGACGUAUUAAAUUUGUAACCUUUCUUCGUGACUCGGCAUUGUUGAUUUUUUUUCCGUUCGAAAGCACUCAAAAUACUUAGGGAUGGUGAGGUUGGGCCCC